AUGACAGGAGCGCCACCGCCACAGUUACUAACGAAACCUCUUCAAAUAUUCUUCUCCUUCCUUUUCAUUGUAGCUGUUGAGUUUUCCUGUGCGAGUUCACAGCACUUCUUGACAUCCGAGCGAGCCACAUUGCUUACCCUCAAGCAACGGUGGGGGAAUCCGCCGUCACUGAGGAACUGGAACGCCAGUUCAUCGCCGUGUGACUGGCCAGGAGUUUUUUGCAACGCCAACGGCUCAGUUAUUGUUCUUGUUCUUCAGAGCAAAGGGUUAACCGGACAUAUACCGCCAUUCAUCUGUGACCACCUACAGAAUCUGAAGAGCUUGGAUCUCACUAAUAAUUUCCUCACCGGAGAGUUCCCAAGGGUUUUGUAUAAUUGUUCGAAGCUAGUUGAAAUUGAUAUCGCAUACAACGGUUUUGUCGGAAGGUUGCCGGAUGACAUUGACCGAUUAUCAUCAGGACUCAAAACCUUUGAUAUCGGAGGUAAUAACUUCACCGGCAAUAUACCUCCAGCAAUCGGCAACUUGUCAAAGCUAAUGUAUUUGCACAUGUAUCGGAACUUGUUAAAUGGCUCGAUGCCACGGGAGAUUGGAAACUUAUCUAAUCUAUUACUUUUAAAUUUGGCGUAUAACAGAUUUGCAGCGGCGGAAAUGCCAUCGGAGUUUGGGAGAUUGAGCAAUUUGACGUAUUUGUUACUGCAUAACAGUAAUCUAGUCGGAAAAAUGCCAGAAAGUCUGGCGAAUAUGUCUAAUCUGCACUAUUUGGAUUGUAGUUCCAAUAAUUUAGAAGGUGAAAUCCCUUCUGGGUUGUUUCUGUUGAAGAAUUUGAAAAUUUUGUUCUUGUAUAGUAACAAUUUAUCCGGCAAAUUUCCGGCCAUGAUGGAGUCUUUAAAUUUGACUCAAAUCGAUGUCUCAGAAAACAAAUUGAACGGGCCAAUUCCUGAAGGUUUUGGCAAAUUGCAGAAGCUAGAGGUGUUGAAUUUGUUCUUAAAUCAAUUAUCAGGCAAUAUUCCAAUAGGUAUUUCUCAAAUUCCAACAUUGAAGAUUUUUUCAGUCUUUAGCAAUAAUCUCAGAGGCGAAUUACCUCCGGAACUUGGGCUUCACUCAAAGCUUGAAGCUUUUGAUGUAGCGGGGAACAAACUCACCGGAAAACUGCCUGAGAAUUUGUGCAGUGGAGGAAUGCUGUUCGCCAUGGUUGCUUUCUCCAACAAUCUCACCGGAGAAAUCCCGAGAUCACUCCAGCGUUGUCAAAUGCUUCGUUCAAUCCAACUCUAUAACAACAGUUUCACGGGUGAAAUUCCUCCAGGAAUUUGGACAUUAUUCAAUCUUUCAAGUUUAAGGCUCACCGGAAACUUCCUCUCCGGCGAGCUACCAAGUAGAGUAGCAAUGAAUUUAUCAAGAUUGGAGAUCAGUGACAACAAGUUUUCAGGUCGAAUUCCGGAAGGCAUUUCUUCUUGGACGAAACUGAACGUGUUCAAGGCUCGUAAUAACAUGUUUACAGGUGAACUUCCCGCCACAUUUACUCAUCUUUCACAGUUGUCGGUCCUUCAUCUUGAUGGGAAUGCACUUUCCGGCGAACUUCCAUCAGAGAUGAAGUCAUGGAAUUCACUAACCACUUUGCAUCUGGCUAGAAACAAACUUUCUGGCCCGAUUCCACCAGCCAUAGGUUAUUUGAAACGUCUUCUUGAUCUUGAUUUAUCAGAGAACCAACUCUCCGGCCAUAUUCCAACACAAUUAAGCCUUUUGAGGCUGAACACUUUGAAUCUUUCUUCCAACAAACUCACCGGAAGAAUCCCAUUUGCAUUUGAUAACCUGGCUUUCGAAAAUAGUUUCUUGAACAACCCUGAUCUAUGUGCUGGUGCUUCAUCCCCAAUUUCAAACCUCCAUAACUGUAACACCAAAUCUUCACACUCCCACAAAACCAUCUCCAUGAUUCUCGCCUUGUCAAUAUUUAUCAUAAUCGUCACCGUUCUUUGCACGUGCACGUUGUUCAUGUUCAGACAACACCUCAAGAAGAAAUACGUACAGGAUCCCAUGACAUGGAACCUGACUUCAUUUCAUAUAUUGGACUUCACAGAAUCAAACAUUUUGUCGUCCUUGACCGAGAACAAUCUAAUCGGUAGUGGUGGUUCCGGGAAAGUCUACCAAAUUGAAAUCGGUCGGCGUGGCAACUAUGUUGCAGCCAAGAUGAUUUGGAACCCUCAAAAAGUCGACGAUACCCUCGAGAAAGAGUUUUUAUCGGAGAUUCAUAUAUUGGGUUCAAUUCGUCACUCCAACAUAAUCAAAUUGUUAUGUUGUAUUUCGAGCGAGGAUUCUAAGCUUCUUGUUUAUGAGUAUAUGGAGAAUAGAAGUCUCGACAAGUGGUUACAUGGGAAGAAGAGGAAAUCGCAACACCCCACGAUCUUGGACUGGCCCAGGAGGUUGCAGAUCGCCAUUGGAGCAGCUCAGGGGCUGUGCUAUAUGCACCAUGAUUGUUCUCCGGCGAUCAUUCAUAGAGAUAUAAAGUCAAGCAAUAUUCUGUUAGACUCGGAUUUCAAAGCCAGGAUAGCGGAUUUUGGACUCGCAAAGAUUUUGACCGGUCAAUCCAACACCAUGUCUGCUAUAGCUGGCUCAUUUGGUUACAUACCCCCUGAGUAUGCUUACUCGACUAAGGUAAAUGAGAGGGCAGAUGUAUAUAGCUUUGGUGUGGUGCUAUUAGAACUGGUAACCGGAAAAGAAGCACAUGAAGGAGAUGGGGAUAUGAAUCUAGCAGAAUGGGCAUGUAGGAAUUACAGUGAAGGGAAGUCCAUGGUUGAAGCUUUGGACCCUGAAAUUAAGCAGGAUGAUAAUCACAUGGAAGAAAUCAGGCUAGUGUUCAAACUAGGGCUUAUUUGUACUAGCACAUUGCCUUCGAGUCGGCCACAAAUGAAAGAAGUACUUGGGAUUCUUCAGAUGCGUAAUCUCUUCUUAAGUAGGAAUAAGGUGUUAAAUGAAAGCAUUGAUAUUUUUGAUGGCAAAAGUGUAAAAAGUUGCUGAUGAUAGUAAGUUUCAAGUAUUUUAUUAUAUGCUUCUUUAGAUUAAAUAUGUUGAUGUUUUGUGUGAUCGAGUAGAUAGAAUUAAAGCUCUAUUUUUGGUUAGAUUGACUGGUGUGUGUAUAUGUCAAGAGUGUAGCAAUAUGAUAUGGUGG